UAGCGAGAUACGAAGAAGUUUGUCACAGCUGCUUAUUUUUACCGUAACUGUAGAUGUUUAAUGACGUGUCUUUAUGACUAAAUAUUUCGCCUAACACUCUUGAUAUCAAAUUAGGAAACUUCCUUUUUGCAGUUGGCUUCCAAAAGUGUCGCAAGACAGAUCUUGGAAUUUAAGAGGAGGCUGGAAUGCUGCAACAGCAGUAAUGAAGAACUUGUUCCAAAUCAAUUGCGUGCUGUUGUUAGGUGUUUUCUUUGGUCAUGCUGUCGGGACGGAUCUUGUGCAGAGUGGAUGUUCACACGCACAUCUUGUAUGCCACGCAGAUGCCGAUUGUGAAGAAAUCGGCGAAACUGGCUUGAUAUGCAAAUGCAAAUCCGGAGUUGAGGGCGACGGGUAUUUAAAUGGCACAGGAUGUGGAGAAAAGACAUGUAGAGACAACAAUGAGUGCCACAUCAAUGCAUUCUGUAAUGUAGAGAAAAGGUGUGAGUGCCAACAGGGAUAUGCCGGGACACCCUAUAUAAAAUGUGACGAUAUCAACGAGUGUGAAAUACCGGGCAUGUGUCAUCGUAAUGCUAUUUGUACAAACUUAAAUGGAACAUUUGACUGCAGAUGCGAUACAGAAAACUUUUAUUAUGGGAAUGGAACUCAUUGUGAUCGUCAGUGCACUGUCGAUACACAUUGUGAUAUCACCACGGAAAUGUGCGACGUUCAGGCCAACAAAUGUGUUUGUAAAUCAGGCUUCAAGCUGGAAGAUGGAGAAUGCCAGAACAUAGACGAAUGUGAGGAAGGCUCUGACGACUGCGAUGAGAAUGCACAAUGUACUGAUACUUUGGGAUCGUACACUUGCACGUGUAACAAUGGUUUUGAUGGAAAUGGUAAAACGUGCACACGACUGCCGAUAAAUUGUGACGAUUUACUGAAGGAAAAUCCAAAAGCAAGGUCCGGUGAUCAUACAAUAGACCCUGAUGGCACUGAAAAUCUUGGCUCAGUUAUUGUUUAUUGUGAAAUGAAAGACAAAAUUGGUACCACUAUCAUGAAAAUAACAAAUGGACGUAAACGACUCAGGUCCGGGACUCUUACAUUCUGGUAUAGACAAAGUGUAGAAGAGAUAAAAGCUGUCAUCAAUUCUUCAAAACACUGUUACCAAGACGUAAGUUACAAGUGCUGGAAUGGCGCACAGCUGAUGAAUGGACAUGGUUAUUGGAUCGAUGGAAAUGAAAUUAACCAGUACAACUGGGGUGGUGCAACGGAAAACAAUACGUGUAUAUGCGGGCAAUACGACAUGUGUGAUACCGAGGGAGACAACUGUUUUUGUAAUGGUUCCUCAUCUACAAAGAUUGAUGGCGGAACAAUCACAAAUAAAAGUUCAAUGCCCAUACGCGGAGUGUACUCUGACACUGUCGCGACAGGUUUGGUGACAGUCGGGCAUGUAAUAUGUGCUCCAAACACUCCAGACUUGCCAACGGAUUGCCAUGAUGCAAAAUACAACUACAGAAUUAGAAAGAAUGGAGUCGUGCAAAUUGAUGUUGAUGGAUCUGAGGGUGAGCUGGAGCCAAUCUGGGUAAAAUGUGACAUGGAAACAUAUAAACAUGCUGGAGUUACUAUCAUAGAUCACACUGGGCCGCCUGAAUCGAAUGGCACAAGUGAAUAUAACUAUACGGUCAGCGACGAGCACGUACAAAAACUAGUGGAAAAUUCAGCUUUCUGCUCACAGUCUGCAGGAUAUAGAUGCAAGAACUCCCGACUUCUGCGUCAUAACGGAGAGUGGAUGGGCUAUUUCACUGACUUAUCGGGUAUUCCGAAGGGACAUUGGCCAGGUGGUAUGGGAGAGAGCAACCAGUGCGCUUGUGGAAACUUGCAUAGAUGUGAAAACCCUACUGAUGGAUGCAAUUGUGAUAUCAAAGACGGAAAAUGGAGACAUGAUUUCGGAGUAGAAACAGACAAGGAACAUCUUCCAAUUAAAAGUGUGACGUUAAAUGAAAACGAUGGCGAUGAAAGUGAAGGAAAGGUCACGAUAGGUCCGCUCCAAUGCAGUGGGAGAGAAUUCGGAAUUUUACCCACCUGCCAACACUAUGUAGAGGAGACAGAUGCGACCGAAUCUCACCCGUACCUGAUUGAUCCAGAUGGUCCGGUAAAUCCGAAAAACCCAAAAGAUAACCAACCUCCGUUUCUUGCCUACUGUAGAAUUGAAGGGACACCAAUGUAUGGUAUUACAAUUAUUGGCCAUGAAAACGAAGGAGAGUUUACAAUCUCUGGGAGCCAAACGUUUACCUACUAUUUUGCGAAUGCAAUACAGCUGAAAGAAUUAACUACACGAUCUACCGAGUGUAUCCAGACUGUGAAGUUCAGAUGCAUGAACGCACCAAUACACAUUUCGGGAACAAGUGUACUUACGUUUACGUCGCAAGAUGGUAACGAAAUGUCAUAUCUCCAUGGUGACGGUACAAAACAAUCCGCAUGUUCAUGCUUUUUUGAUGAUCCAAACACAUGUGCUGAGGAACUGAAAUGCAACUGUGACGUGGGGGAUGGGGUAGAAAGAAAUGACAGCUGGGUUUUUAUGGACAAGGACAAACUGCCAGUUAAGGAUGUUGCCUAUCAGAAUAUAGGUUCCAGUGUGGCGGAUAUUUCAGUUGGAGCGCUUGAAUGUAGAGUGCUUUAUCCAAACUGUGCAGACCGUGUGUGGAAGAAACACGUGUAUAGACUGGAAUACGAAUAUUAUGUUCCUAACUUAGACGCUGUUGUUGAUCCGGAUGGUUUGGGUCCUCUUCAACCGUUUACGGUUACAUGUGAGGGAACAAGAACUAUAGUACCAGUCGACAUUGAUACUACUCCUAUAUCGGGUAAACCCGGUGAGGGUGUUACUCAGUGUUACACAGUUGAAUACAGUUCAAAAGACGGUGUCGGUGUCGUUACCAGCGAACAAAUACAGGCACUAGUAGCAAAGAGCAAGCACUGUGCUCAGAAUUUAAAAAAGGAAUGUCGUAACGCACCAGUGACCGGAAUGAGUAUGUUUUCAACAUGUGCCGGUAUUGAACAAAUAGGAUGGGCUGGGAGUAAUGGCGAAGACAAGUGUGCGUGUGGGGUUACAGACUCAUGCGCAGGUUCUUCGGGUACCAACUGUAGUUGUGAUGUGGUCGAUGGUGUUAAACGUGAGGAUGAAGGAUGGAUCGUACAGAAAGACAGAUUGGGUGUGUGUCAAAUAUGUAUCAGUCUUGAUUCAACGGAAUCACUUCCAGAGGAAUUGUCGGAACGAAAACGUUGGGCUAAACCAUCGAUCUCAAAUUUGUUUUGCGACAAAGAUCGAAUCGGUACUGGCAAGUCGUGCCAGGACUGGCGGAGACAAGGCGAAACAGAACCAUCAACUCAAAUGGUGUACAUACAUGAUGGGACGCCGUCUGAAACAUUUCCCGUUUUUUGUAACUUUAAGAUUUCACCACCAAUAGGCUUUUCUGAAACAAAACCAAAAGAUCCGGAACCUCCAGUUCCAAGUAACGGUACAAUUACAAUAGUCGAAUACUAUGUGUACACUUGGGAACUUAUCAUCCGCUAUAUAAAACAAUCUGGUUAUUGUAGUCAAAACGUUUUUCUGCAAUGCAACAAUUCAAGUCUUAAUAUGACAGGAUAUGCUUCAACGGAAACUGGUGACUUCGUAAUCAAAUGGAUCGUGAACGAAAUAGGUACCACCCCCGAUUGCGUUGAAGGAGAUUGUCCGUGUAGCCUUGGUGGAAAUCAGGCGGAUUUAGGAGUGAUAUUUGGGCAGGAACAAUUUCCGGUUACUGUGAUAAACCUUGGACCUGCUGGACCUGACGAGGAUAGGACUUUAUCGCUCGGUUCAAUCCAGUGUUUCAAUUUUUAUCGAGAUUGUGAAGAUAUUCGAGUACACGAUGCCGACACAAACCCAUUUGGAAACCACAGAUAUGUCAUCGACCCGGACGGAAUGGCAGGAGUGGAUGCUUUCGAAGUAACCUGCGACUUCAAGACGGUCAAAAAAAUGGGAAUAACAAAGGUCGAUGUCGUAAAGCCGGCAGACAGAACUGUGCGUAAUCAGACCGAGCCUUAUCAGCAGGUUGUGGACGUUGAAUAUGAAGGCGCAACGCCAGAACAAAUAAAGGCCCUGGCCCACAUAUCUGGAUUCUGUUUACAGGGUAUACAGUAUAGAUGUAAAAAUUCACCAAUCACUGACGCAAGUAGUUAUUCAACGUAUGGAAAUGGAGUGUCACCCAAUUUUGGAGCUGCUGACUAUUCAGAUGCAACUGCCUGCGCCUGUGAUGUUUUGCAUACUUGUCCUGAAGGGAAGAAGUGUCACUGUGAUGCAGCUGGAAAUGUGAGGAUUGAAAACGGAUAUGAAAUGGAUGUCCCGUUUGAAGAAUUACGGUUCGGUGGUCAGGGUGAAAAUUCUUACGCAAUGUACGACAUAACUGGAAUAGGGUGUGCGCCCAGGCCGUUUGAUUUGCCAAAAGACUGCCAAGACGUUUAUGAACGCGGAAACGAUCUAUCAAGUGAAUACCUAAUAUGGCCAGAUGAAAACGUUGCCCCAUAUUUGGUCUACUGUAAUAUGGACAUUCUGCCAGGGAAAGGUGUGGUUGUCAUUAAAACUGAUAUAGACAAAGGAGUAUCGGUGACAUAUGAUGAAAAAAUCGAUGUAACCUACCGCGGGAUUAAAUACUUAGAACAGCUAAAGACGCUCGUUGAGAUUUCAAGCUACUGUUAUCAACCAGUGAAAUAUAUAUGCAAGAAUACAAAGCUCAUAAGAGGCGAUCACUUCUGGUGGAAAGGAGGACAAAAUGGAGACGAACUUAAAUACUUUGCGAGCGGCAGAGAAUAUGCGCAAGAAUGUGAGUGCGGGAAGAUCAAUAAAUGUGGCGGAAGUGAAGACAAGUUGACACUGAUUAAUGAAAACAGGCGUUGUAACUGCGAUGCGGCGGACAAUGUAACACGCGCUGAUGCCGGAAUAUUCCAGAUUAAGGACCAUCUUGCAGUCUGGGAAAUGAUGUUUAAACAUCCGGGUACCCCUAACCCAUCUGGAGAAUUGAUACUUGGACCAUUAUACUGUUCGCAGGAAGAGCUGGAUCUAGAUGAAUGUAAAAUGGGGUUCCAUGACUGCCACAAGCAUGCAGAGUGUAUAAAGCUUGAGGAUACCUACGACUGUAUGUGCAAAGAGGGCUGGCAGGCAAUAGGCCGACCUGAAAAAUGGGCUAACGGAAGAAACUGCUACGAUGAUAACGAAUGUGCUGAGGGUGUGAAUAAAUGUCCUCCAUAUGCUGACUGCACCAACACUGAAGGGUCCUAUAACUGCACAUGUCAAGAAGGAUUCAGACCAAAACCUAACGCAAAGAAGAAGUGCGUCGAUAUAAAUGAGUGUGUGGAAGGGACUCACAAUUGUGAUGAAAACGCAAAGUGCUACAAUAAACCAGGAUCGUACGUAUGCCGCUGUAAUAGGAACUAUAGAGGGGAUGGUUUUUCAUGUAGAGCUCUCGCCAAGUGUGAAGUAUUCGGAGAUCCUCACAUUCAUACCUAUGAUCAAAACUUAUAUCAUUACCAAGGUCAAUGCGAUUAUACUGUGUCACGUGACAAUUGUAAUGAUUUGAAUAUUGCGCCUACAUUUGAAGUUACGGCGAAUUUCUACAAGAAGUAUGAAGAUUUUGAAGAUGCCAGUUGGGUGAAAAAUGUUACAGCAACAAUUGGUAACAAUAAAUUUGAAUUCCAUCCGGACAAAGUAUUAGUUAAUGGUCUUCAAGAAAAUUCGGGGUUAAAUCACGAAGACUUUAAGCUCUACGCCAUCGGAGAAAAUCGCUUUGAGUUAGUGACAAACAUUGGUAUCGAGGUGAAGUAUGACGGAGAUGGCGUCCUCCAGGUGUUUGUGCCUGGUGAUUUUGCAAAUACAACAUGUGGACUUUGUGGAGACUAUAACGGCAAUCCUGACGAUGAUCUUGUAGUUGGACCUGAGUGCAAUGAAACUAAGGGAACUGUUACCGACAAUGUUGCCUUGUUUGCUCAGUCCUGGACAGAUCCUAGCAACCAGGUAUGUGCUGCAAACUGUUCUGCCACUAACCCCCCUGACCCGUGUACAGAUGAAAAGAAAGCGUUUGCUAAGCAGCAGUGCCAAAGGAUAUACGGCAGACACAGACAUUUCCAGGAAUGUUUAAACAAUAUAGACCCUGAAAUGAAAGACAAAUACCACGUGAGUUGUGUGUACGAUGUGUGCCGUGCCGAAGGAGAUGUUGAGGAAGCUUUAUGCGCUCAUGCAAAAUAUCUACUCGCAGAAUGCUCAUCCUUAACCUCGGUCGAGGUCAAAAGUUUCAGAACGGAAGACUUUUGUGCUAUCGACUGCGGUCUUACGAUGGAUUACAAAGAAUGUGUACGUCAGCCUCCGUUAACGUGUACUAAUUACCUGCAACAAACGACACAAGCAACCACGGAAGACACCGAGUGUCGUGAGGGUUGCUUUUGUAAACCGGGAUACUAUUUGAGCGGCGAUGAGUGCGUGCUUCCUGGGGAUUGUGGAUGUAUGAAGGACGACAAAUACUACAAGAAAGGCGAAGAGAUUACAAGUACUGGGUGUCAAGAAAAAAUUACUUGUGAGGGUAACAACUCCUUCACCGACGUGGAAACAAUUACGUGUCACCAAAAUGCCACAUGUACUGUGAAAAAUGGAAUAUUUGGGUGUCACUGUAAUGACCCUCUCUACGGUGAUGGCAUCAUUUCCUGUGUUCCGGAUCCAUGUGAACCCGAGAGCCCGUGUGGUGUGAACGAAACGUGUAUACGCAAUCUUCAAACAGAGAACAACUAUGAAUGCGUCUGUAAAAUGGGUUUUAUUGGCGAUUGUGGAAAUUGCAAAGAAAUUGACGAGUGUAACACAAUAGGGCUUGAUGCCUGUCCUCCUGAUUCAAAAUGCGUCAAUGAAAUCGGAUCACACAGGUGCGAGUGUAAUCGUGGAUUUGUGAAGUCCGGCAAAAUCUGCCAAGAUAUUGAUGAAUGUGCUCUAGCUAGACUACGCAAUAUAACUUUAUGUGGUGAGAACAGCAAGUGUGUUGACAAAAAAGGGAGACACGAAUGUCGUUGUUGUUCUGGGUACAAGGAGAAAAACGGAACAUGUGUCAAGUCGAGUUCCUGGGAGGACGUCAAUGAUGUAAAAUGCUGCAUUUGUAUUGGGGGUAAAUGCAACGAGGAUAAAAAGAUAUGUGGGACGGAUCAUGAAAACUACGACAAUUACAAAGAUAUGGUAGUGAGAACAUGUGAAGAAGGACGUUCUGGUGUCCAAGUAGACUACUACGGAAAAUGCAAACAGAAGUGUCCGACAGGGACAGAAAUAUGCCCAAAGUACCAGGAAUGUAAUGACGAGGAAGGAACACAACCACCAACAUGUGAAUGCAAGGAAUGUGACCCCGAGGACAUUGAAAGUGAUAAAGUGUGUGCGACCAAUGGUAUAAUUUACGUAAACAAAUGCAUUUUUAAGAAAAUACAAUGCCAGUUUGACGCCGAAGCGGAACUUGAAGUAAAUGUGCAAGUAUGUGAGGAUAAAAAUGGAGACCUACACACAGGACCAUGGACCCCUUGGAGCGAAUGCAAUGUUACUUGCGGAAAAGGAACAAUGACGAGAUCAAGGGAAGGAUAUAUCACUCAGGAGUUCCAACAAAAGUACCCACUUGUUGCUCAUGCUGAUUGUUACGAAGACCCCUGCCCAGGCAGUCCAUGCGAAAACCAUACCGCUACUUGUAAGGCAAAAUCUGCUGAAUGUAUCGUAAACGACAAGGGCGAGGCAGAAUGCGAAUGUCCAACAUGUAAAGAUAUAGGAGUGGAGAAAGUCUGUGGAUAUAUCAUCCACCCGGAUGAAGAACCUGUACCAACCACGUAUCCAUCGGCGUGUCAGCUACAAAGGAAGGCCUGUCAGCAAAAGCGUGACCACGAAGUUUACAAAUACGGACCCUGCGAUGAGAAACCUCUAACCUGCAACAGAGUUCCAAACGUGGAUUAUAUAUUUGAUGAACAGUAUAGAAGCAAGAUGAAGGUGGACGUUGCGAAGUGUGAGGGCGGAUGUGGCCAAGACUUAGACUUUUGUUGCCAACCAAGCAUGACUACGAAGAAAAUAAUCACCAUGGAAAACAAUAGCACUAACCCGAGUUUGACAAAAACCCAGGAGGUUACAAUUAUAAAGGAUUGUGAAUGCGAGGAGUUGCUGCCCUAGGUGGAGUUGUGUAAAAUCUGUGACAAUUUACCUAAUAGACUUCUGUUUCCUUAGUUCGUCUUCUGCAAAUUUCUUGAAUGACAAUCGGAAAUGUUCGUAUGAUUUCGCACUAUUGUUGUGCAAUUCGGCAUUCUUCGCAUAUAAAUGUAGCUGAAUGGAAACAACGCUUUCCGUAAAAAAACGGAAACUGUCGAAGUUGCCUACGGUGAAUACGUAAAUUUCCGAUUGUAAUUACGGAUCCACUACCUUAAAACAUUUAGUAGCUUGGUUUUUGUGGCAAUAGUUAAAAUAUAUGGUUUAGGAAAUUUCAGUUCAUAUUUAAUUCGCAUUUUUGCUCAUUCUGAUAUCUUUAUCAUGCAUUCAAAUAGUUUAAAUUUAUGUAAUAUGCUUAUGUAAUACGUUGUAGCUUACAUUACAUUCACAGUAAUAGAUGCCAUAUGAUAAAAAUACUUUAGUAAAAACAAAAGAUGUUUAAAGGGUAAAAUGGCAGUUUUCCAGAAGCGGUAUCAAACUCGAUACCUGACACAUUUAUAAAUGUACAACAUAGACGUUGAAUCUCCUAGCUCCUUUAUAUUUAACGAUUGAUAAAUAUACCUUUUGGCUUGGCACAAUUUGCCAGUUUCAUGAAAUAUUAACUGUUAAUUGUCAAAUAUACUGCCAUCUUGAACAUCCAGUGAAUAUAAGUUAACAUAAAUGCCUAUCUCGUAAAAGAAAUCGUGCUUUUAGUUUCGAUAACUAUAUGGUUCUAUCUUGUAUGUUUAAAAGCUUUAUAAAAACUACUUGUUAUAAAAAGUAUGGAGAUCAGAGAACAUUGAUGUCAUUUCCGAUGUAACGCAAUUUUAGAAAAGUAAUACAUUUGCAUUCAGAUCCAACACUUUCAAGCUGAAAGUAUUUUAUAGUCAUAAAGAGGAAUUUAAAUUAUUAAUAUAGGUCGUAUAGAUGUAUAAAACAGGAGGACUUUUAAAUCAUAUAUAAUCAAGUUUUAGCUACAAAACAUAUUGCUUACAAUAGUAUAGUCGCUUCUAAAAAAAAUUAAUUAAGCUUGGAUAAUAAAUGAGCCGCACCAUGAGAAAACCAACGUAGUAUGGUCAGGAUCCAUGCUAUUCGCUUUCAAAGUCUAUUGCAAUUAGAGAAACCGUUAGCGAACAGCAUGGAUCCUGGCCAGACUGCGCGGAUGCGCAGACUUGUCUGGAUCCAUGCUGGUCGCAAAGCCACUAUGUUGGUUUUCUCAUGACGCGGCUCAAAUAAUGUACGUACAACUUUUUCAACAAACACAUGACGCAUCGAUAGUUAAAAAAAACAACAGUUGUCAUAUUUUAUUUUUCAGUAUCAAUGUUUCAACUAUUGUAGAUUCACAUAGCAUCAUUCUAUUUGUUUUCUUUAAGAUGUGUUUCACUUCUUGGUUUAUCUAUCGUCCGAAUCUAAACAUUAAUUAUCAGUGUUGUAGCGUAUUCUUUACCAUCAGUUUUAUAAUCACAAAGUUAUAUCAUAUGUCAACAAAAGUCAUUCCAGUUGCAACAAUUUCUAACUGGCUGGCGUAACUGCAUUUGCGUCUUGACCAACUUUGCCAGCAGUCGCCCUCGUUUUCAAAUAAUACACCAAUCCGACUACCGCUCCAGUAACGGCAAUUCCACCGGCUGCCCCGCCUGCUAUUAUACCAAUGGGUGGCGGGUCACUUCCGCUCUGAUCUAAGCUCGUUUUCUAUAAAUAGAUGAGUAAUAGAGAUGAUUCAUUUCAAUUCAGUACAAAUUUUCACUAAUUAUAGAAGAGCAAUGGUGCCCGUGGUAAACACAAUUUCGAUGUUUUAUAUAUGUAAAAAGCAUUUUCACGGAAAUGUACGCUAGUUCUAUAUAGAUUUAUUUAGUUAAGACUGAGAGACCGUAGAAGAUUAUGUGUAAAUUCGUGUGUGUAUUCUAUUCAAUUCAAUUAGCAAAGGAUUUGAAGAUAUUUAUCUAGCAAUGAAUAAUGCAUUUAUAUAAGGGAAAAAAUGAUUUUUCUAACGUACGGAACUUCAGAAUGGGUAAAGUUGGUUAAAACCACUGAAAAUUUAUUAAAGAAAAUGUGAUUGUUUUACAUGUAAGACCGAUGUAUAUUUCAUUCGGAAAUAAAUGAUUUUAUGAUUUUAAUAUUCAAUCGUGUGUUAAGUUGUUGAAAAUUACAAAAGGUGGGCUGGAUUCGUACAACACAAUGCUUUCAAGAUUACGUGUUCGGUACACCAAGAUGCGCUACAAUGCUGUGUAACGAAUUUAUGCGCGCGCAACCAGCGCGAAUGAACGAGUAUAAAUCGGCUGAAAUCGGCGUACCGAGUGAAAUCGGUAUACGAGAUCGAGCCCACCUAAGCAUAUUUUCUAUAUAUAAGCUGCAUUGUUGAAAUAAAAUCAUACCUCAACCUAUAAAGUAUUAUGUUGUCUCACCGUUGACAUUAACUUACAGUAAAUACAUGUAGAUGUUAGAGGAUCAUUUCAUGGUUAAAUUAACUGCAGUGCAGCUGUUGGUGUUAUUUGUUAAGUUUGGAAAACUAUUUACUGUUUCUCUUGCUGAUGUUGUCAAGAUGUACUUCAUAUAUUCCUUAUGAGCUUUCAAUUCAUUACGUAUAUCAAAUAAAACACUGUGGGAAAGGA